AUGGCGGCGAUUGCGUACCUGUGCCCCUCGGGCCUCGGCACCGCCGGUGUCGGCAAGUACUGCGAGAACACCCUGGACUGCCUCAAGAACCUGUGCAGCUCCGACCAGGGCGGCGACUGGGAGUCGGGCCUGUGCGGCUGCUUCAACGACAUCGGCAUCUGCUGCUGCGUCUACCUGUGCGGCCCGUGCACCUACUGCCACACCGCGGCCGACGCCCACGACAUCACGUGCGGCGAGGCCUGCCUGGGCCUCUGCGUGUGCUCGUUCAUUGGGUGCACGUUCUGCGCGGCGGUGGCCGAUCGCCGCAAGCUGCGUCAGAAGUACAACAUCAAGGGCUCUACGAUUGCUGACUGCCUGGCGGUCGCCUGCUGUCCGAUCUGCGCUCAGUGCCAGGAGGCCUACCAGACGGUGCACAAGGGCUCGCACGAGUGCCCGUGCUCCGGCGCCAAGACGUCCGCCCCGGGUGGCCAGGCCAUGAAGUAA